CUGGCUUGAACUGCACAUGUGCAGCAGCGGAGAGUCAUCAUGGCGGCGCGUAGCCAUGUGCAGGAUCCCAAUGACAGGAGGCUGCGUCCAAUAUACGAUUAUCUAGACAAUGGCAACAACAAGAUGGCUAUACAGCAAGCUGACAAAUUGCUCAAGAAACAUAAGGAUCUUCACUGUGCAAAGGUUCUGAAAGCAAUUGGCCUACAGCGAACAGGGAAACAAGAAGAUGCGUUUACCUUGGCACAAGAAGUCGCUGCACUUGAACCCACGGAUGACAACUCCUUACAGGCCCUUACCAUUCUCUAUCGUGAGAUGCAUAGACCUGAACUGGUCACUAAGUUGUAUGAAGCUGCUGUGCGAAAAGUUCCAAGCAGCGAAGAGUACCACUCGCAUCUCUUCAUGGCAUAUGCCAGGGUUGGAGAAUACAAAAAAAUGCAACAGGCUGGGAUGGCACUUUACAAGAUUGUUCCAAAGAAUCCAUAUUAUUUUUGGUCUGUGAUGAGUCUGGUCAUGCAGUCCAUUUCAGCUCAAGAUGAAAAAUUAUCAAAGACAAUGUUCCUCCCCUUAGCACAGCGGAUGGUGGAAAAGAUGGUAAAAGAGGACAAGAUCGAGGCAGAAGCAGAGGUGCAACUUUAUUUAAUGAUUUUGGAACGUCUUGGAAAAGACCUGGAGGCUCUGGAAGUCAUCAGAGGAAAACUAGGAGAGAAACUGACCAGUGAAUUGCAGAGCCGUGAAAUGAAAUGUAUGGUGCUCUACAAGAAGUUAAUAAAGUGGCCUGAAUGCAAUGCACUAUCAAGAAAACUGUUAUUGAACAACCCAGAUGACUGGCAAUUCUACUUAUCCUACUUUGAUUCUCUCUUCCAUUUGAUUGAUGCUGCUUGGACUCCACCCACAGAGGUAGAACACUCUCUGGAGGGUCCGGUCACCUGCCUUGUACAGGAGGCCAUAAACUUUGUGGAGGAGAGAAUUGAGAAUGAAGAACCAAAGGGCUCCCGCCGUCUGAGGGGACCAUACCUGGCUAAACUUGAAUUGAUAAGACGGCUGAGGGAGAGGGGUACCAAUGAUGAACACAAACUUGGGAUACCAGAGGAGCUGAUGUUCCAGUACUUUGAAAGGUUUGGGGAUAAACCUUGCUGUUAUUCUGACCUGAAAAUCUUUGUCGAUCUUCUAUCACCGGAGCGGCAUACACAGUUCAUCAAUAGACUGAUGGAAGUAGUACCUCUGUCAGUGUCAACAGAGGGUGACCUUGCUUUGCCAGGUGAUGUUAAAGCUAUGCAGAGGCACAUGUUUAUCAUCCAGUUUGCCAGAUUGUUAGGUCUUCAUGAGACCUUGGACCAGGCACAGAAACUCAAUCUCAUCCAGGAGCUUUUGCAGAGAUACAAGCAUGCCCUUGAGUUUGGAAAGUUGUGCUUAAAAACAGAAUUGCAGUUCUCUGAUAAUUACUGUCUGUUCGCUGUGCAUCUGCUUCUUGACAUCUGGAAACAAUCAGGUGAAGAAAGACCCUUGUGGCAGUCUCUCGCACUACUGGAGGAAACCCUCUCUAACAGCCCCUCCAGUGCUCAGUUCAAGUUGCUGCUCAUUCGAAUCUACUGUCUUUUGGGAGCUUUUGAGCCAGUAGUAGACUUGUAUACCAGCCUUGAUGCCAAGCAUGUGCAACAUGACACAAUUGGGUAUUUGCUGACUCGAUACGCAGAGCCUUUGGGCCACUUCGCUGCUGCUUCCCAAGCAUGUAACUUCACACUCAGGUUUUUCCACUCCAACCAGAAAGAUACCUCUGAAUAUAUAAUUCAGGCAUAUAAAUAUGGUGCUUUUGAGAAGAUCCCAGAAUUCAUUGCCUUUCGGAACAGACUGAACAACUCUCUGCAUUUUGCACAAGUCCGUAUUGAGCGUAUGCUGUUAGACCUCUUCCUCGAAGCAAACAUAACACAAACCCUGGAAGAAAGUAUAAAGUCCAUGGGUUUAUGUCCAGAUGAAGAUGAUAUUCCAUGGGACAGCCUUCGAGAUAACCGGGAUCUAACUGUUCUCUUAUGCUGGAAUCCAAAGGAGAGUGAAUUGUCUGAUGGUCAAAGGAAGAAUUCUAUGAAAGAAGAGAGAACGUGGCUUCAGAUUCGUUCAUUAACGCUACGCUUGGUCUGUGCACUCGCUGCCAUCAGCCACACAGUUGAGCCGAAGAAUUCCAAAAAAACAACUGAGAAUGGUGUUACUUCAAAAAUUGACACGCUACGUUCUUUACUUCAACAGCUUGAAUGCAUAGUGCAGACUGAGAAGAAAAGAGACAAACAAAUUGUUCAGUUUCUGGUCCAGGGGCCACCCCCUACACGUAUGAUGACCUACCUGGAAAGCAGUAGUUGUUGGUGUCAAAUUAAUGCUUUUCACCUGGUUAUUGAUGUUUACGAGUUGGAUGUCAGUGGAUUAGAAGAAACACCAGAUGUCCAGAGUCGGUUAGCAGAUGAUUUUAAGUUGUUAUUGGGGCAAUUGCAAGAAUUAUUCAAUAAAUGCAAAGGCAGUUUGUUGGAAGUUAAAGAAACAAAUUGUACAACAAGGCCAGAACUUUUAGAAAACCUUGUCUUUUUAGUUGAGACUGUCUGCAUAAUCCUGUGGGUAUCUUAUUACUGUGGUAAUGUCCUACGGCCGCUUAAAUCCAGUUUACAGAAGAAAAAGAAGAAGAAAAAGGAAAUCAAUUUUACGAUGCCAAUUCUUUUUAGCAGCUUCCAGGACUAUGUGGCUGGCUUACAGAAUUUCUUGUCUGAAGUGGUUAACCAUAUUAAGGACUUAGAGUCUGAACUAACUGCACUGAAAUUUGAAGAGCUGACAAUGGAUAGUAAUUCAGUUGUUGAGGGUGAACAGAAGUUCUCCAGGAUGGUGCGAGGGAAAAUACAAAGCAGCUACUUGCGUUCCCUUCAGGAGAUGGGAGACCUACUGAGAAAGAGACUGGACACAGUUAAAAGCCUGAAAAUUUAACUGUCUGUGACAAAUGAGGAGCGGGUGGGGGGAGGGGGGAGAAACCAGUGGAAAAAGAACUGCUCGGCAAUGCCGUAUCAUCCCAAUACUGUUACCAUGUGUUCCUAGGACCCCAUCAGAUAUAUCAACUGAUCCAGAACAUUUACCAGAGAGCAUGAAGGACUUUGCAGCAAAAGAGUUUAAAAUAAAAGGUUUUUAGAGCAAAAACAAAGUUAAUAAAUUAUGUACAUAAAGUCAGAGUCAGAGGCCUUCUCUCCGACUUGGCAGCAAUAUUUUUAGAAAACGUUGGGUGUUUCUCUUGUGUAGUUCAGUGCAUGGUACACCCAGCAACGUUGCUACUAGAUGCUUAAAAAGUCAAAUGAAAUAUCAGACUCUGUUCAGUAGCAAAUAGUACCUGUGUUGGUACUGACAUUUCGACUGCAGCUUACACAUCACAUAUUGGUGUACAGACUGUAUAUGAUAAGUAUCAUAUGUCCCAUCAUAAUUUAUUCAAUAUUUCAAUUUUAGUGUUUUUUAUUUGUAUAAAUUUUAUGUUGUCUAAGCAGAACUCUCUUUCAGCAACUGUGAAACUCAAGAGUACAUGCUCCUUCAUUGUGAAUCUGACUUCUCAAAUCCAUUCCCUUGUUCGAGAACUAUAUUCCCUGAGGUUUUGAAAUUUGAAGGGAUUUCAUUUUGUUUUUCAGGUGCCUCGUGUCAUUUUUAUUUCUUUUUCAAGGGUGGGUGAAAGCCACUUAACUGCAGUUUAUUACUGAUGGCUGUAUUACGUAUGGUAGCUCUGAGCGUGCCGGGGGAAUAAGAUGAUCUCCUGAGAGCUUGGUCUAAACCAGAAGGCACCAGUAUUGUCUGUCAUAUUUCUCAAGUGUAUUCACUGCUUCUGGUAAACCCUGAGGACUGAUUGCAUCUAACAGAGAGGCAGCCUCUCCAUUUGUUUUCUCAUCUGUUCAAGACGGACCUAACAAAGGGAAGAGGAAUCCUAAUAAAGAAAUGUUAUGAGGUGCAAUUCAAAUACGAAACAGAAGAUUAUUAUUUUUUUGCUGUAUUGAUCCUAAGUUUACACUGCCAAUACUGAUCACACUACUGGAUUUUAAAUAACACAACAAGAUUAAUGUGGCAGGAGGCUGACUUUAACAAGAAGUCCGGAACCUGAUUCAAACAAGUCUGGCUCGUUUGCCCCACCUAGUGGUUCAAUUGAUUACAUGUUAUUGAACAAUACAUGCCAAAUUGAUCUCUGAUUGAUUAAUGCUGAUUUUCUUUCAGUAUUAGAAUGGCAUUGAGUGUUAAAAUUUACUGUAUUCCAAUCUAUGAAGAUUGAAAAUAUAAAUUAACCUGUUUCUUUUCUCUUAGUUUUUGAGGGUGACUGGAGUUCAGUGUAUCUUUAAUGUACUCACAGUAAUGAAUCCGAGGUGGCAAUACAUCUGAUUCUGGUUCACUCUAGCUUUGGAUAAAUUGCAAGAAGACUUCCAACUUUCCUAAACUUUGAAAGUCUGAGUUGGCACUUAUAGAAAAGGGAAUAGAAACAGGUAUGAGGCUGAAGUUGAAAAUGUCCCCUGCACUUGCACAUCAGUGUCAGCAAAGUAUGAUAGUACAAUUUUAAAGUUGUAUAUUUGUAAAGCUUAAGUUUAGCAUGGAAAACAAGACUAGAAAAACUACUCACCUUGAAGCAAAUAAAGUUAAUAUUUGACAGAGCUGUUCAAAAUUAGAUGGUUUUAUUGAGGGUAAAUGAGAAUGUGUCUGGUAGUACUGGAGGAAACAAGGUUAAGGUACAAGCAGAAGAACUGGGAAGUAAUCAAUUUGCUGUCUGUCCAUGAUAAAAAUUAAUUCCAGGUCAACUCCAGUUCUUUUCACCAAUGUCUUAUUUCUGUAUAGGAUCACUUUGCUAAUGACAAGAAUCAUUAAACAAGAAGUGUUUCAGUGUUCUCUCAACUGAAUUUGUGCUGCUUGAGUCACUGUACUAUAAUGUUCAUGGCCCACAUCACAAACCAUUCCUGUGUGUGUCCUGCAUCAUGGUUUCAUCUGAAAAUGUGAUGAGAGCCAUCAAUGAGUGUCUGGAGUCUUUAUUAGCCAGUCUGUUGAAGGUAACCCGGGUAUACAUGAUAAUGAUACAAGAUGCCAAAAUGGGAUAUUUUCUCAUAUCAGCUAAAUUCAUAUUUUGUGUAAUUUUGAAAUAAUGUAAAGGCAUUAAACAACUCAGCUACAUUUUCUAAAUUCUAAUGUUGCCCCAUAAAAAUAGUUCAUCUCUCACUAAUAAAUAAUAUAGCUUCUCAUUGCGCUAUAUGUUUUUACCUCAGUGAAGCUACAUGGUUGACCACACUUGAUCCAAUGAUGAGCUCCUUACCCAUAUAUACUUAUUAGCAAUUUAAACAAGUCUUCAUAUUAUACAUGACAAACUGUGUGUUCUGUUGUGCCAUUGUAUUGAUAACGUGUUGUCAUUAUGCACUGUUUCUGUUUUUAACAGGAACAGCAUGCAGAAAUAUUCAUGACCAGACUUGUUGCUAUGGAGUUGAGUAGUGCUGGCAGUCUGUUGUGUACUUUACUCCCUGGCUCAGGCUUUGUCAUAUUUUAAAAUGUGCUACUUUUAAGAUCUAAAAUAUAAAUUUUCAGAUCUUUUUUAGUUUCUUUUUCCUUAUGUAGAAUUCAGUUUGUUUUUUGUUUUAAAAUCUGGGUUUGUAUUUUCUGUCUUCGUAUUGCUUUAACACCACCUGCCUGCUGACUUAAUGUGAACAGCUGGAUCCAAGCAGAUUUACCCUUUGUGCUCACCUCUCUCUCCUCUCUUGGUUCAGGAAAAAUUGGAAACUCAUUGUCUGGAGUCUCAAUGUGGUUCUGCAUUUUUGUGUUAUUACUGGAACAGUAUGGUUCAGUUGCAAUGAAGAGAGACAUCAUCAAACCUGAUUGUUCUUAAUGUUUGCCCUAAGUCUCUCCAUUACUACUGACAUUCACAUACAGAAAACAUCACUGUUCAUGAAGACUUCCAGAUUCCAACUGUAUUGUUUGUGAUUCCACGAACCUUGUGUAGCUCAAAUUGGAAUCCAGCCAAGGAUUAUGAAAUCCAACUUUAAUAACCUUAACAAUGCUGUACAACUAUGUAUUUGAAUAAUACUGAUUAGCAUGACUCACUGGAAUUCUGCAGUUUCUCUUGAACUCCAAGUAUAAAUGUACUAAAAAUAGAGAAUAAGAUGGGGCAGGUGUCCUACAUAUUUUAUUUCAGAUUUUUUAGUUUUUAAUUUUUACAUACUAUUUAUAAGUACUUAACGAAACCACCCAAAUUAAGAUUCUGAAUGUUUGCCUGGAGGUAGAUAAAUUGAUUGCACUUUACUCCUUUCCUCUACAGUGUUUUUCUUUCCCAGUGUCAAGCGAGGUCGGUUCCAUGUUUCUUCUCUGGCAGGCCUACUUUGCUUGAUCUGAAGACCAUCACGCUCAUGGUGCAAGAUGACCACCUUGCAUCACAUCAAUGAGCUGGUGGGAAGUUUUCUGUCUGUCUGAGCCACAGGAAUAAUAGAAGUAACCGCACAGAAGGGAAGCAUAGCACACAUCCUGUCAAUGUAAACUGAAACUACAAUAAUCCCAGUUCCCAGUCGUGGUCUUGGGUGUUGUACACACACGUAUUUAUUGAUCUGAAUACCUUUUACGUACGAUGAGGAUUUUGGCCUGCAUUGAUUAAGGCAGUCAUUUCUGGAACCUCACUGCUCAUUAGUGUGGAAAAGGAAUUGUUGCAAGUCUUAAUUCUUCCAACUACCUUAGAUGUUACCCUAACUGAUUGGCUUCUGUGAUUGGGUAAAUGAGUUCAUCCUGUUCACCUCUAUCUUGAUAAAUUUCUCCAAUACUGCAUCUAUUAAUCUCCCCUUAAAUAAUUUUUUCCAUUCCUAGUAACAUUCUUCUCUAUCUCCUCUCUGCCCUCUAGUGUUACUACAUCUUUAUUAUAAUGCCACACUUAGCUUUGUAGAAAGCUUUGCAAGAUUUUUUUGUAAUUUAAGUACCUCCCCAACCUUUCGUUUACUGUCUUGGCUAAUAAAGGUACCUCUUGAUUCUCCCUGAAUGACUUUUACUCUUGCGGAUCUCAGUGCAUGUACCCCAGUGUCGUGUGUCCACUAUUUACUGCAAGCCAAAUGCAUUUCUUCACACCACUACACAGAAAACUUGCUGGUGAAUGCAGCAGGCCAGGCAGCAUCUAUAGGAAGAGGUACAGUCGACGUUUCGGGCCGCGACUCUUCGUCAGGACACACCACUAGUUUGAAUUCAAUUUGCAUCGUUUCUGCCCAUUCCACUAGUUCAUUGAUAUUUUUUCCUCACUGUUCAAGUACACAGCUAGUUAUGGUAUUGGUUGAAAACUUUGUAUUCAGUGUUUCUACAUUAGUGCCUAUUGUUCAAACGAUUUUAUACCACAAGGAGUAAGGGACCAAGCUUUUGUCCAUUGAUCAUUGCCUUUAGCUUCCUACCCUCCGAUUAAAUUUUACCCUGGAUUUUACUUUUCUAAUCAGAAAGUUUGGCAAAUGACUUGAAACUCAACUAUAACUCGUCAGCGUCUUUGAUACAUCCUCGAAAAGAUGUCAGUCGUUCGUUUUAGAAUUCUCAACAACUGCUUCCUCUUGAUUAACCUGUUGCUCUAUAUCAGGGGUUCCCAACCUGGGGUCCGUGGACCCCUCGGUUAUGGGUAGGGGACUGUGGCAUUAAAAAAAAAUGUUGGGAACCCCUGGCCUCGAUUCUAGGAUCACAUUCCUGUCCUAAGCUUUUGAAUAAGAGUGCUGCAACUGAGCUGCAGUUGAUGAUUUUCUGUUAGUCACUUACAUGCUGACUCUUCCUACUAAGAUGUACUUUUACUAUCUGCUUUAAAUAUUUAGUUGUGUUGCCGUUGAAUUUCAUCAUUGAUUUACCCACCAAUUUUCUUUAGGUUAUUUCACUCAGUCUAGCCCUUUCUCUUUUGGAAGCAGCGAUCAUACAUUAACUUCUUUGCAAGUCCUCCAGCCUCUCAAAGGUUUUGGAAAGAAGACUAAAAGUGGUAAUUCUUUUCUUCUCAGCCUGCAAUACAUUUUCUCUGAGCUGGCAUUUACCCGUUUUAAAGAUAAUAAGCACUUAAAUGAUAUUCCCAUAUGUACAUUCUAUCUCCCCAAAUAUUUCCAAUACAAAAGGGUUUGUAUUUCUUUAAAACCAAGCAUACAUGUUCUGAUUUGACAUUUGCACUCUGUUCUAGGUUUCUGUUGGUCUGUCUUCUCCUCUCUGUAUUUAUAAAGCUUUUUUUGAUUUUACCUGGGCUUUCUGCCGUAUCGAGCACAAGUUAUUAGACCAAGGGAGCAGCCUUUAUCUUUGCUGCAGCCUAUCUUAAGCACUACUCAAUGCAGGGAUCCAGGUUUUGGAGUUAGUUCUCUUCCCCUCCCCUCCCCCCUUAGUGGUAACAUUCACUCUGUGAUUGCUUUUCAUGGUAAUAGGAACAAUGUUAAUAAUUUGCCUUGUAUAGCAACCAUUUCUAAUUAGUUCAGAUCUCUGCCAACUCCAGAAACAGUUUUGAAGGAUUUAUUGAGAAGUGCACUCUGAUCUGCCAAUUUCAUUAUUUAUGUGUACCAGCUUUAUACUACCUUUUAUUCUGUUUAAUGCUGUUGGCAACUUGAUAUGCCACGCAGUUAUAUGGUAUAGAAACAGGCCAUUGGCCCACAACAUCUUUGCCGAUCAUCAUGUCUAUCUGUACUAAUCUCAUUUGCACAUUGAGUACCUGUCCAGAUGGGUCUGUCACUCUUACUCUUCCAAAUGUUCAAUGAAAACGUUUGUGUGUAAAUUGCUGCGACUGUGUUUAAGUUUUGGUGUGAUACGGAAAACUCAAAUGCUGCUAAAAUGAAGGAAUACAAAUCCAUUUCAACUUGUUCUUCUUUUUGCCAGUAUUGUAACUUUGUAAAUUGAGUUAAGUGUAGAACUUUCGGUUUGGGCAGUUUCAUUUGAGACUACUCACCUUCUUUAAGAUUUUAUUAAAAUAAGGAAAAUUGAGUAGACCAUAGCACUUCCAAUCUUGAUGCUAUAGAUGACAAGUGGUAUGUUAAAGGGAAAUGUUGACUUGCAUCACAAGACCCAAGGAGUUUUUUCAUCUAGUGUAAUAAUUAGGAAAAUGGCAAAUCCAAUUUUAUUAAUUUCUAAUCUGAUUCUUUAGUACCCAAGUUCGAUCAUGGAGCAGAUUUUAUAAAGAAAUUAAAAUUUGAGGCAGGGAAAGAUAUAGACAGUGAUAAGUUUCACCUAAAGUGCUAAUCAGGCAUUGCAGAGGUUUCAAUGCAAGUAGAAAAUAAGGAGUGAUGAUUUUCUUCUCAAUUGCGUCCCGUUUUUUUUCCUGAAAACCUACCAAAAGCUAUGACUUGUGCUUGGAUAGAUUUCUGAAUUGCCAGCAUUAGUCGUCUUAUUUUUGGAUGCUGCUUUUAACUAUUUGAUGAUAUUAUUGCAUUAAUCUGGCACUCAUAGAAAAUGAGUAAUAUUGGGAUUGUCCUUUCGAAGUGCUACUUCGGGCAAGAUGGGCAAAAUGGCUUCCUUCAGUGCUGGAUCAAUUUUAUCUCCUUAGCCAAGGGUUGCUGUCUUAAAGUUUAACUAUGUGUAGAAAUAAUGUUGUAGCAAUUGACAAUAAGAUUUAACAUUUACUUCAGUCCAGCGAUAAACAGAAGCAAAAAUAGUUUUGAAUUCGAUUCUGGGUAGCUCAUGAGCUCUGAUCUUUGAUUUUUUCCCUUUGAGGUUUGUGUUUUCAAGUUUAAAACUUGGGAUGCAAACAGCAAAUUACAUUAGACCGUGGGAUUGUCAAACGUGCGUUUUCUGUCUGUGUGUCUCUCUGCGUCUGCAAAUCUGUACCUCUCUUCCCGUCUCCCUCCCUCCCCCGCCCAGUCUGAAGCUAAACUCAAAAAAAACAAGAUGCCCCUUUUAACAGUAAAUCUAUCAAUUGAGCCAUUCACAUAGCCUGGUUGGGGUUGGGGGAGAAAAACAGAAAAUGUGCUGUAUCAUUCAGGAAAAAUAAAUGGUUAAAUUUAGUACUAUGAUUUAAUGCACAUGCUGCAGUCUUCUUGACAGGAAAGCAACCGGGUGUUAAUGCAAAGAUUAAAAAAUGCUAAUGAAAGUUUUAAGCAAACCGUGGAGGAUUUUCUUUUGCAAGAGACAUCCUGCUGAUUGAAUGGGCAAUGUUUAAUUGCAGACAGGUGGGAUCUUUGUAGGUGAUUGAUCUGCAUGACUGGGGUGAAGCAAGGAGUAAGGAGCAGUGUUUUCGCCCCAUCUCCAACUCUGACAAUCAUAGAGCAUAGGUUAAUGCUAGAGCAGUUAAAUGUCAUGUCUGGUUAAUUAAUGAAAAUAGGACAAGGCCAUCCUCGGUGAUUAUUACAUCCAACUGGAAUUGAGUCCAUUGUAACAGACGUGCUUGUAGAUUAUAGCUUUCUAACCUAAUUUAUCCAAUUGAAAUGAAGUUCAGUGAUCACAAGAAUUUCUUUAUCCUGCGGCAUUGUUCAGAGCUGUAGAAUUCAUGAUCUUACUCGACAUUCAUUAUUCUCCUUCCCAAGUCUGUUCCUUGAUUAUACGUUCUGCUGUUUUACUUGAUACAUAUUUGUAGAUACUGCUGUCCCUUUGAGUGACCCAUUUUAAUGAAUCCAGUUCAGGCUGUGACGUCUCCCAAAAGCCAUUUUAUGUGUCUAUAGAAUUGGACACUGAUAACACAGCAGGUUUCUGAGUGUAUGUUUAAAAAUAAA